ACUAUGCCGGGUAAACUGCGUUGAUUUAAAAUAUAGGCCUAUAUAUAUAUAACGGUCACGUGUUAUACUAAACAAGAGUACUACACUUAUAAAGUAGAAGGAUGCAGUAAAUAAUACACCGCUGUUCUACCGUAACUUCUGUUAUUAGUAACUCGUUUUAAUGUGCGUUUCGUUUGACAGUAUAUUUCAUGUUGUGCGGCUCUGGUUCUCCUUUUAAGUAAUAAACGUAUAGUGCUUCGUCGACGACCCACGCCUCAUUUAGCUCUUCGAGUUUCCUGUCGCCGACCCAUUUGUCCCCCCGCGGUGCCCGUUCCCGUCCUGGUUCCUGGCGUUGUUUACUGAGGGUACCGAGACGGAAAGCCAAUGUGAUGAUGUAUCGGGGCUCAUGCGUUCACCGCGGCAGGUAAACCAAAGAGACAACACCUUAUGUCUGUAUAGAAGGGAUGCUGUUUAAAUGAUUCUCACGGCAUGGAGGCGUGAUGGUGUGAGUAAGACAAGCCCAAGCGAUAAACGCCAGUUUCAAAGAACCGACCUGUGUCUGUAUUGUUGUUAAGACAGCUACACCAGUAAUAAAAUAAUUAGAAUAUUACAAUGGUCUUAAUUUUUGUAUAUGGUACCUUGAAAAGAGGCCAGCCAAACCAUUGUGAAAUGACAACAGCCAAAAAUGGGAAAGCAGAAUAUCAAGGAAGAGGACACACUGUUGUAAAGUUUCCACUGGUCAUAGCAGGAAAAUACAAUAUCCCAUUUUUGUUAAACGUACCAGGAUCUGGCCACCACGUUAAAGGAGAAAUCUACUCGAUUGACAAUGAGAUGCUACAAUUUCUGGACAAAUUUGAAGAAUGUCCACGUGUGUAUCAGCGUACUCUUGAGAAGGUCAAGAUAGAAGAAUGGGAAGGUGCCAGUAACCUGCUUUCAACUGAUUCGCCUGUUGGCAGCAUCGUAGAGUUCUUUGUCUAUACCACCAAGUCCUACAUUCCCGAAUGGCUGAAGCUUGACUGUCAUGAAAAUUAUGAUGCUUAUGGGGCACACGGCCUUACUUAUAUAGAACGUAUCAACAGAAGUAUUGACUGGCCCUUUAAUAUAUAAGGCAUCCAAUAAUGAAAUAUGCCAGUCAUAUGUCAAGGCAUUUUGUAUAACAUUUUAUAGUUUCAACUAAAUUAAUGAAUACAAGGUCUAGGCAGAGCUACUGUAGGUGAAAAUGCACUGCUGCUAUCUUUAUAAAUCAUAAUGGGCUUUUUUGAUUGCGUUAUAUUCAACUUAUUCCUUGUAUAUUUAGAAAGUAAAUGUGCUGUGCACCAUCUGAGAGAAUGUGGGAAUUCUUAAUGCACAGGAGAAUUUGUUUACUUCAUUUAAUGAUUAUGGAAAAUUAACAGAUUUAUUCACCUUAAUAAAAGGACACGUGUCUGUGUA